CCCUGUCGUCUCCCUUGAGAGGCCGGGAGCUCCUCAGUCAGGAUCCAUCCAUGGCCUUGAGCCUGUGGUGCUUGGUCGUCUGUGAAUGCCCAGGCUCUCACCAUGUCUGUUAGCUCGUGUCUGAGAAUGGAGUGCGAAGGUCUCCCCGUGGACUCCGUACGGCUAUGAAACCCACACAGCGGGCCGCCACCAUGCUUCUCCUGCCGGCCAUAGGAGAAUGAGGAGAAGUCGGCUCUGGAGUGCUGGGAGCGACUGCUGAGCACCCGGUGCCCCCAGCCUGCCCCCUGGAGAGCCCACAACACACGAUGAACAGACUGACCUUCCAUAACAACAGAGUCAUGCAGGACCGUCGCAGCGUGUGCAUCUUCCUCCCCAAUGAUGAGUCCCUGAACAUCAUCAUAAACGUUAAAAUUCUGUGUCACCAGUUGCUGGUCCAGGUGUGUGACCUGCUCAGGUUAAAGGAGUGUCACCUUUUUGGUCUCAGUGUUAUACAAAAUAAUGAACACGUAUAUAUGGAGUUGUCACAAAAGCUUUAUAAGUAUUGUCCAAAAGAAUGGAAAAAAGAGGCCAGCAAGGUACGACAAUACGAAGUCACUUGGGGCAUCGACCAGUUCGGGCCUCCCAUGAUCAUCCACUUCCGGGUGCAGUACUAUGUGGAGAAUGGAAGACUGAUCAGUGACCGAGUGGCCAGGUAUUAUUAUUACUGGCACCUGAGGAAGCAAGUCCUGCACUCGCAGUGUGUGCUCAGAGAGGAGGCCUACUUCCUGCUGGCGGCCUUUGCGCUGCAAGCCGAUCUCGGGAACUUCAAAAGGAAUAAGCACCGUGGAAAGUACUUUGAGCCGGAGGCGUACUUUCCUGCGUGGGUUGUUUCCAAGAGGGGGAAGGAAUACAUCCUGAAGCACAUCCCAAACAUGCACAAAGACCAGUUUGCCCUGACGGCCUCCGAGGCGCAUCUCAAGUUCAUCAAAGAGGCCGUCCGCCUGGAUGACGUGGCCAUCCAUUACUACAGACUGUACAAGGAUAAAAGGGAAGUUGAAGCUUCGCUGACCCUGGGACUGACCAUGCGGGGAAUACAGAUUUUCCAGAAUCUAGAAGAAGAGAAACAAUUGCUGUUCGAUUUCCCCUGGACAAAUGUUGGGAAGUUGGUGUUUGUGGGCAAGAAGUUUGAGAUUCUGCCAGAUGGCCUCCCCUCGGCCAGGAAGCUGGUCUACUACACGGGCUGCCCCACCCGCUCUCGGCAUCUCCUGCAGCUCUUGAGCAACAGCCACCGCCUGUACAUGAACCUGCAGCCUGUCCUGCGCCACCUCCGGAAGGUGGAGGAGAACGAAGAGAAAAAGCAGUACCGGGAAUCCUACAUCAGCGACAACCUGGACCUUGACAUGGACCAGCUGGAAAAGCGGUCACGCGCCAGUGGGAGCAGCGCGGGCAGCGUGAAGCAUAAGCGCUUAUCCCGCCACUCCACGGCCAGCCACAGCAGCUCGCACACCUCGGGCAUCGAGGCAGACACUAAGCCCCGGGACCCAGGCCCGGAAGACAGCUGUUCAGGCAGCGCCAUGCACCGCAAGCUGAAGACCUGCAGCUCCAUGACCAGCCACGGCAGCUCGCACACCUCAGGAGUGGAGAGCGGCGGCAAAGAGCGCCUGGAAGAAGACUCGCAGGAUGAUGAAAUAGAGAUGUUGGUCGAUGACCCCAGAGACCUGGAGCCAAUGACAGAAGAGUCGCUGGAAGUCAGCCCCGACGUAUGCAUCUACAUCACAGAGGACAUGCUCCUGUCAAGGAAGCUGAACGGGCACUCCGGGCUAAUUGUGAAAGAAAUCAGUUCUUCCACCUCCAGCUCUUCAGAAACGGUUGUCAAGCUGCGUGGCCAGAGCACCGACUCCCUUCCGCAGACUAUAUGUCGAAAACCAAAGACUUCCACCGACCGACAUAGCCUGAGCCUUGACGACAUCAGACUGUACCAGAAAGACUUCCUGCGCAUCGCAGGUCUGUGUCAGGACACUGCUCAGAGCUACACGUUCGGGUGUGGCCAUGAACUGGACGAGGACGGCCUCUACUGCAGCAGCUGCCUGGCUCAGCAGUGCGUCAACAUCCAGGAUGCUUUUCCAGUCAAAAGAACCAGCAAGUACUUUUCUCUGGACCUCACUCACGACGAGGUCCCAGAGUUUGUAGUGUAAGCCCCACCUGUGGGCAGCCCUGCGGGCGGCUGCUGUCUGCUGGGGGCCGUGGAGUCCGAGGUUCUUUACAUACGAUGUGUGCCAUAUUUUUUUCACCCCCAAAACUUAGCUCUUUCUUUAUAAUAUCCGUGAUGGAAACAAAAGCCUUGGGACAAUGCACUUUAAGUAUUAUGCAGAGGUAGAAGAUACCCAGACUGUAAAAGGGAGACAAGUGCCCGAUGUUUAUUGACCCUUUGGAAGGAAGGAUGCUUUAGAGCUUACCCAGCUUCCAGACUGUUAAGGUUGUGGUGUGUGUGUGUUCAUCUCUUGUUUUCUAGUUCAAAUCAUGUUUAUCACAUGAAAGAUGUCUGGCUUCUCUGUUUGCUUGUGAGGUGUUUUUUUUUUUUUUUUUUUUUUUAGCCACUCCCGCAUGGGGCGCUUACGGUUUGGGGGAGGACGGAGGGAAGCUCUCUCUUCUUUUAUGGAGAAGCAUUCUCAGUACAUAGCCAUUGCUGCCUCACAGAGGUUGGCCCAAAAUGAACACUGCUGAAGUGAUGGGAGUCUGUGGUUCUAGCCAAAGAUGAGUACGUAAUGGAAGCGCUACUCAGAGUCCAGGAGACGUGGGCCGGGAUUCCUCCACACCCGGACAGUGCCACAUCCGCUGUUCUGUUCUUCCAGGAAGCUCUGAGAUUCACUUGUGUUCAUGACAUGGUGCGUUUUGUGGAGUUGACAAAGCUGGUAUAUGUUGAAAACAAUGGAAAUGUCUUAGAAAAAGUUUGCUGGUGUUUUCUUUGUUGUUUUUUUAAUGCUGGCAAACAGAUGGUAAUGCUGGUUUCUGCUUUAAAAAGAUACCCUAACUGUAUGUAUAUGUUAUACAUAUAUAGAUACAUGGGACUAUGUGUGUUUAUAUGUGUUUAAAGCUUAAUGACUUCAUCUGGACUUCCAUGUAUGUCUUACAUACAUCAGAUUCCUUGUUUAAUGUUGAGGACACGUUGUUGAAAGAAUAGCCAGACAAUCAGUUGAUAAAUGUAGAGUUCAGAGCGACUUUCCUUGUGUGCCUUUGGCCAAGAUCCUCAACCCUGAUUGCAUACUAAGACAUAUCUGGGGAGCUUUUAAAACGAGCCUGGGUCCUACCCCAGGCCAAUUUAAAUCAGUCUCUUGGGGGUGGGGCCCAGGUGAAAUUAUCCUUUCUUAUAAAGCUUACCAGGUAGAAAUAAUGCACAGUAGGAUUAGAGCCCACUGAUCCAAGAGUGUCUUUUUAUUAAUUUUGAAAUAAAAGUAUACAGAGGAUAUUAGUGAUUGUGGAUGGGCCAUUUUUAAGACAAGUUACUUCCCUGCUGCUGUUACAAUGUGUAAUGAAACCAAGCCAGGAGAAUGAGUUUAUCAACUUGAUAUGCAGUGAAAAUGUUGCUCCCACUUCAGGAGAGAACCUCAUAGCACAAUGUCUUUCUAGGGGAUGUUUUUAAUGAUUUAGUUAGUAUUUUACAGCAUUUGUUUACCAUAUUUUGAUACUCCAUUUUUGCUAUCUGCCAGGUUUUAUUAAAAAAAAAACUAUGUAUUAUUUUCUAAAGAAACUCAUAUUUUUGUACAAAAUUAUGUUUUCAAGUAAUGAAGAAAUAGAUUUAGGGUACGGCAGAACAUGAGCAGUGUUCCCUGUGGAUGGGAGUCAGUGUUACAGAAUCAGGGGGGCCACAAUCCUGCCCCCCCCAGAUGCCCUCCUGUACAGGCACAGCUUCAACAGAAUCUCACCCACCAACUCUUCACCUGACCCUUUCAAGAGAAGAAAAAAAAAAGUCCUGUGAUCAUGACAUUGUUUUGCUUUUGUCUAAUGCUUUUAGAAGAACCAAAGUUUCUGAUACCAGAAUGUAUCUCAGUCUCCUUGCGGAAGGAUGAACGUUGAAGGGAUGACCUAGUGACUUCUUUUGCUUACGAAUCAUUACAUAAUCUCACCAUUUUUUUUAUAGACCCUUCGGGGCCAGACCCUUCGGGGCCAGACCCUGGUGAAGUUUGUACCCUCGAGAGCCCAGAUUGCCAUGCUGUGUGUUCCCACAGCCCUCAGCCUUGCUUGCAGAUACAAAGAUAAAAAGGUCGCUUCAUUGAACAGGUCAUGCUCUGCACCUUUUCCCCUCUCUGCUCCAGAAUCCAGUCUCCAGGGUUUUGCCUGUGGAGUUGCUUUUCAUUCACUCUCCUUUGGUUGGAUUUGGGAAUAGCCUUACGGAUUUUUUUCAAAGAUGAAAAACCUGCUAGGGAACAUUUUUCACUUUCUGAUGAUCCGUGGUAGAAUCGUACACAGAUAUGUUUGUGAAAAUCCACUUUGAAUAAUUGACAUUUUUGUAUUGGGGAAAUUGUUUUUAAGAAUAAAGGAAAAGAAAAGUGUACAGCUGUUACUCUGCUGCAUUUGUUAACAUGUCCGUUGCUGGUAAUAUACCAAUUUGGUGUCUGUCACCUUCCCACAUCAUCUGCGUUUGUGUUCGCAACAGUGAGCUUUAUAUCUAAGUAAGCUGUAAAUAAUCCUUUCUGUGAAAGGAUCGUCAUGAUGGGUUGAUAUUGAAAGUAUGUUUAAAAAAAAAAAACUUGCAUUAUUUUGUAAUUAUUUCUUAUAGGUGUUUCAUGGUAAGAUCAGCAGUCAAUAAAGUUAACUUUUGGCCUUUCA